AUAUUAUUUAUAUAGGGUCCCGCCACAUCAUGCGUUUUAGCAGGUCCGGGUAAACCGGAUGCGUUUAGACCGGAUGAUUUUGCCUAUGUCACAUCUAUGCGUUUUUGUUCUUAAAAACGUUCCCGCCACUGCAUUCCAAGUUCCAAACGCCACCACUAGUCCCCAAAUUCGUCAAAAACCUACGACCAAUAAUUUCAUUACAUUCAACAUCCCUACGCUCUCUGAGUUAGACCUAGAUUACUUACGUAAUUUAUGCAGAAUUAUUUUAUUAUAUUACUUUAUCAGUUAUAACGUUAUAGGUACGAGUAUAAUUUUUUAAUAGGUACCUAAUUAAAGUGUGUCAAAAUAAUUACAUUUUUUUAUUUAUUUUUUGAACAUUACAUAAAUUAAAUGAAUCGUCAAAAUACUAAAGUUGUUGCUGUAGCUGAAGCAUUAGGCUUAUUAGAUCCACCAAAAGCAAAACGAAGGUAUUGGGUACACCCACUAAAUGCGGAUCGUGAGAAAAUAGGCCAGUUUACGACAUUUUUUGAAAAUAUUAGACAAUAUCCUGAUAAAUUCUUCGAGUAUUACCGUAUGUCGAUUUCAAGUUUUGAUGAGUUGCUAAAAACUCUACGGCCACAUAUAACGAAAAAUACCACAGAAUUUCGUAAUCCGAUAUCUGCUGAGGAACGUCUAUCAAUUACUUUAAGAUAUUUAUCAACUGGUACGUGCUUCGCUGCAUUAAAAUUUGAUUUUUGUGUGGGAAGAAGUACGAUUGGAGUGAUCGUAAAAGACACUUGUAAAGUGAUAUGGUCAACUUUAAAUUCAAAAGAGAUGCCUAAACCGACUAAAGAAGAUUGGGUGGAAAUAUCAAAUAUAUUUUAUACUAAAACAAAUUUUCCAAAUUGUCUAGGAGCAAUAGACGGAAAACAUAUAAGGUGUAGAAAUCCUAACAACUCCGGUUCGUUCUACUUUAAUUAUAAGAAGUAUUUCUCUAUCGUUUUGAUGGCAAUAGUUGAUGCAAAUUUGAAUUUCGUUGUAAUCGAUGUGGGUUCAUAUGGUCGUGAAGGGGACUCCAAUGUGUUCAAGGAGUGUGCAUUUGGUAAACAAUUAUAUGAAGGUAAAUUGAACAUACCAGAACCAGUUACUUUACCAAAUACAAGUACCAAUCCACAACCGUAUGUGUUUAUUGGAGAUGAAGCGUUUGCUUUACAUUCAAAUUUACUUAGACCGUACCCUGGACGUAACCUUACUGAUUCUCGAAGAGUGUUCAACUACCGAUUAUCCAGAGCAAGGCGCACAGUCGAAUGUGCCUUUGGAGUCCUCGCGAAUAAAUGGCGUGUUUUACAUACGGCUAUCCAGGUGGAGCCAGAUUUUACGGACGACAUUAUAAAAGCAUGUUGCAUACUGCACAACUUCGUUCGUAAAAGAGAUGGUAUAAAUUAUGAAGAUUCUGAAACGCACAACUUAGAAGAUAUUGAAGCUCGUGGAACAGGGACUCGUUCGCAUGGAAUUGAAGUGAGGGAUUACUUUGCCAACUACUUUAUGGGCCCAGGAGCAGUAGAUUUUCAAUACGACAUGAUUUGAUUUUUAAAUAAAAAUAUAAGUUCUAGAAUAAAAUUAUUUUUAAAUUUAAAAAUGUAUUCAAUAAUUUAAUUUAUAUCUACAUGAUAUAAUAAUAUAAUAAUUGUAAACAGUAUAAUAAAUAUAAAAUAUAACUUAGAAUACUUACCUUUACUUUCUUUUGCAUGUUCUUCAAGCUCACUCCAAUCUUCAAACAUGUACUCACCAAUCGUGUUCCAACUUUUUUGUCUUAUAUGCUUAUCCAUAUAAUCUUUGGAUCCAAUUU